AUGAGUGAGUCGAGUGACACAGAGAGUGAGUCGCCGUGUUUGGAUGAUCGUGAGAUUGAGUCGCCGUAUUUGGAUGAUCGUAAUCUUAAUGAUAAGGAAAGACUACAGGAUAGGUUGGAGUGGGAAGGUUACACCGAGACCAGGGUGAAAAGUGAUGGGAAUUGCCAGUUCCGUGCUAUAGGUCAUCAAUUCUAUGAAGACAAAAAUUCGCAUGACCGUGUUAGAAAAGAAAUCGUCAAAGAGCUCAAAACUCAUCCACAAUGGUACAAGCAAUUUGUGUACGAUAUGCAAUACAAGGAGUACGUAAAGAACAUGUCUAGGGACUCCGUGUGGGGAGAUGGAACCACACUGCAAGCAGCUGCAAGUGUGUAUGGAGUCAAAAUAGUCGUCAUUACAUCAUCCAAAUACACAUCUUCCUUUGUGGUUCUUCCAAAGUCUCAAAAGGAACCCGACAAAGUCAUUCACUUGAGCUAUCUCGAAGGAAUCCAUUUCAACUCCAUCCACUUGAAACAAGGUACAUUUACCGUUAAGAAGAAUGAGGAGAAGGAGAAGGAGGAGAAGGAGGAGAAAAGGGAAGAGAAAAAGUGGGAGAUGGAGGCUAACAAGGAAAAGAGAGGGAAGACGGAGAAGAAUAACACGCAUAAAAUACGUAAACAACUUCAUGACUUAUUUGAUGACAUGUCAUUAAUGCCUCUUGAAGGAGAAGGAGAAGGAGAAGAAGAAGAAGAGGAGGAAGAAGAAAAACUAUGUCGUCAUCAGUUUCACUUAGCUGAUUUCAUGUGA